AUGGAUCAUAUACCGUCGUUGCCCAAGUCCAUCAAGGGGAACACCGAACUGCUCAUUUGGGUCGACCUUUUCUCGGGAUAUGUGAUUGCAAAGGCUAGCUCCUCUCGGACGGCACAAACAAUAGCGGAGAAUUACGAAGAAUGUGUGUUUCGACGCUUCGGAGCUAGCGAGGCUAUCAGGCACGAUCGAGAACCGGGAUUUAUGUCCGACUUCUUUCGAGCCUUCAGUCGGAUCGUAGGACAAAAACAGCGUGCUACUAUGGCUUACAGGCCACAAGCAAAUGGAACAGCCGAACGAAUGGUGCAAACCCUGACACAUUCGCUCAAGAUGUACGUGGCUGAAGUUGACCAGCGAGACUGGGAUGAGUAUGCUGAGCGGCUCACAUUUGCCAUUAACACUGCACAAGAUCGGAUCCGGGGGGAUACUCCAUUUUAUCUGAUUCAUGGGUGGGACCCGCGAUCGACUUUGGAGGCUACGCUACCAGUGGGGAAUACGGGGACACGAGAUCGCGAUCCAAAGAGUUGGAGAUACAAAAUCCAAAGACAAUACCAGCGAGCCCGAUCUGCAGUGAACGAUCGUUUACAAGCCGCGAUCCAGGAGCGAGCGGAUCGACACAACGAAGAUCUGGAACCACACGAGAUCGAAGUAGGAACGCAAGUUUGGCUAUACCUGGACCGAGUUAAAGAGGGAUAUGCGAAGAAGCUAGCGCACAUGUGGCAUGGGCCAUUCCGAGUUGCGGACGUAUGUGGAGAUCAUGCUGUAAAACUGGAGAUCGCUGGAACCCCAUAUCGGUUAUUUCCGAUUGUACAUAUAUCGAAGCUAAAAAGGUAA